AGGCUCCUUCCGGCGCCUGCUCAUGCAGGAAGCGGCCGACCAAGUGGAGGACGGCUCGUUGCUGGAGCUCUUUCAGCUCGCCGCCGCGGAGAUCCUGAAGCGACGGGAGGAGAUGGGUUUCGAGGAGGCCACGGAGCUGCUGAUGGGCUUCAGCAUCCUCGUGCAGCCGCUGGACCAGGAUGCGCUGAGCCGAAGCUGCGCCGUUGUGGCGAAGGCGGCGGCCGCUGAGGAGAUGGCCCCGGCAUAUCUGGCCCACUGCUUCUACACGCUCACUGCGCUGUACCUGGCAGGGCAGCCGGUGGAGAAGUGUCAGCAGACCGUGGCAGCGGAUCUGAGCCUCAAGGUGGCGGUCUGCAUGGCCUGCGACCUGGAGCUGUUGGCCCAGGCGCUGCUGGCGCUGUCGCGGCGAACCAACCAGGCUGCCCUGGCCAGCCUCAGCUUCCGUAUCCUGUUGCAGACGGCGCAGCGUGAGACCGUGCGCAAAGCCAAGGACCUGGGCGCCUUCCGCGCGGCGCGGCUGGGGGCCUUCCUGGCGGCCGCGGCCUGGCCCUGGCGGCAGGCCAUGCUGCAGCCCUGGUUUCUGCCAGAGCUGCAGGCCUUCUGCUUCAGCGACGCGGCGUUUGGCACAGCUUCAGGUUAUGGGCUGUGGCUGAGCUCGGUGACAAAGACAGAGCUGGCUCCGCCAUGGCCAGAUGCCGUUGCUUGGUACGAUGCGCCGCCAAGCAGCAGGACCAUCUUGGCAUCCGCCUACGGGGGUCCUGAGUGGCUUAUGGGCUGGGAGAGGCCGAACGAGCAUGAAGAAGUGGAGAUCGGCUGAGCUAUGCGCAGACUCUGCCGCGCG